ACCGGCCAGGAUGUCGCAGAGAAUUGGUAGAACCGGUAUCAGCGUUGCUAGGGUAUGGCACCACGUUGAUGUUGCCAAGGACGAUAGAACUUUAGGGCGUCUUGCGUCGAGCAUUGCGAUCACUCUGGUUGGAAAGCACAAGCCAACCUUCGACAAGACAUUGGACCAAGGUGACUACGUUGUUGUCACGAACUGCGCUCAGCUGAAGAUCACAGGAAACAAGUUUGAGGAUAAGGAGUACUGGAGACACUCGACCAAGCCGGGCUCGCUGGUGCUGACCCCUAUGAAGAAGAUGGCACAAGAUAAAGGGUUUGGGGAGUUGUUGAAGAAGGCCGUUAGUGGAAUGCUUCCAAAGAACUCUUAUAGAAAGACAAGAUUGGCCAGACUCAAGGUGUUUGAUGGAUCAGAGAACCCAUACAAGCAGAACAUAGUGGCAUAUGCUGAUGAACAACCGUUGGUUGUGCAGAAGCUUAAGGAGUUGGAGUCGCAAAAGUAG